AUGCCUUCAAGCUCAGGUCUAGUCAACAUCAAUGCUGAGCGCAUUGAGUUUGGGCAUCUGUUGAACCGUGCAUCCAUCAGAUGCGUUGAGGUUCUCACUGAAGAUUUGGCGGUCCUCGGCGAGUCGAUCCGCGAAGUGCGCAAUGAUCCCAUACCAUUUACUCACACAUACCCCCAGGUCAUUGUUGCUCUUGCAACACUGCAAUCCUCGGUUCAAGACCUUUCGCGCGCCUACAUUCAACAUGCCAACACGGUCCUGACGCCUGGCAAACAUGGCCUGAACCCCAUUGACGCCAACCUCACCAGCAUACUUACCGAAUCUGGUCUUUUGAGUGCUCGGCCUGCCGAUGCUGCUCCAGCGGCUGCACCCGAACCAGAACUAGAUGGGAAGAAGAAGCGCAAGAGGACACCUCAUGAUCCCAACGCCCCGAAGCGCGCUCUCACCCCGUACUUUCUCUACAUGCAAAGUGCUCGCGCCACUAUUGCGAAGGAAUUGGGCGACUCAGCUAAGCCAAAGGAGGUUGCAGAUGAGGGAACCCGCCGGUGGACUGAGAUGAGCCCUGCCGAGAAGAGCAUAUGGGAUGACAAAUAUCAGAAGAACUUGGCCGCAUACCGCGUCAAGAUGGCAGCCUACAAAGCUGGUCAACCCGUCCCUGACGACGAAACUGCAGCGCGCCUGGUGGAGAUGGGCAAAGCUCCUGAGCACAUCGCCGGUAUGGAUGCUGAAGCAGAAACGGAAGAAGAGCCUGUCGAGGAGGAGGAAGAGGAAGAAGAGGAAGAAGUUCCAGCUCCGGAGCCCACCCCUCCCAAGUCUAAGAGACGUAAGACCAAAGAUGCCGAACCUACUCCUAGCAAAGCAACCCCCAAGGCCGAGGCCAAGUCUCCAGAGAAGGAUAGGAAGUCGAAGAAGAGCCGGAGGGAGGCCGCUGCCCCUGCGUCAACCAAGCCCGAGAAGUCCAAAAAGUCGAAGAAGUAA